AUGCCGAAGUAUUGGGUCAACAGGAGCUUGCAGAGCAACAUGUCGCAUGAAAGCCUCAUCCGCGAGUACUCGCUGACGUCGCUGGAUGCUCUCAAGUCAACGCUGGUUUACUCUUGCAAGCUUGAUGAAGUCGACGAAAAGAUAAGGACCAAAUUCGUUCAGUUGUCAGCCACCAAUCGCACCCUAGAACAACUCUCUUGUCACCCCCGCCAUUCGAUCUUUGCUUGCUGGCUACGGACGAUGGCGGGCAUCUUCAUGUCCAACACAGACGCCAACGCGUACCUUGAGAUGUACCACAUGCAUGUUGUCGACAGAAGUCAACUGGCCUACCUGCUCAGCGAGCCUGAAGGAAGAGAGGGCGGGAUCAACGAGCUCACGAUCAACUCGACGCUGCAUUCCUUCGGCCGGGCGAUCGACAUUGGGGCCGGAGACGGCGGGGUGACGCUGGAGCUUGCCCCGCUCUUCUCGGAGAUCGUAGCGACCGAGGCCUCUCAAUCAUGUGUCGAUGCUAUAGCGCGCAAGGGCAUCGAGGUCGUACACACCCAGGACCUGAACUCGUUUCCUUCCAACCGAUAUGAUGUCCUUUCCCUUAUCUCUGCCCAGAGAUUUCUUUUCACAGGCUUCCGCCCCUACGUCGAGUGUGGAGCUAUGGGGAAAAAAUGUCCUCCUGAGCAGGACCUGAAGCUGAACCCACGAGCAUCGUGGGAGGCGGCGGUGAACGAGUUCCAGGAGAAGGCAAGGGGCACUUGCUGUUCAGAGCCGUUGGUGACUCAAGUUCAGAUUCUGACGCCCAACAAGCUCCAAGUGAUCAGCUUCUCUAGAGUCCCGUAUCUCUGUCAAGGAGACGUCGACAGUCCGUGA